AUGGCCAAAGCGGGACAAGGACAAACAUUAAAUGAUAGGUUAAACGCAGCCCGAUAUGCUCUUGCUGGACAAGGAUUGGCUCGAGUUGUUUGUAAGGCAACAACGGAAGAAAUUAUUGGACCUAAAAAGAAACAUUUAGAUUAUUUACUUCAAUGUACCCACGAACCUAAUGUAUCUAUACCACAAUUAGCAAAUCUCCUGAUCGAGCGGACAAACCAUAGCUCUUGGGUCGUCGUUUUCAAAUCAUUAAUUACUGUACACUAUCUUAUGUGUUACGGGAAUGAGAAUUUUACCCAGUACUUAGCAUCGAAUAGCUGUAACUUCCAAUUCGACAAUUUACUCGAUAGAUGUAGCCUAAAGGGCCACGAUAUGUUAACUUAUAUAAAAAGAUAUUCCAAAUAUAUCGAUGAGAAAGUCUCAUCUUAUCGAACUGUUUCUUUCGAUUUCGCCAAAAUCAAACAAGGAAAGAAAGAGGACAUUUUACACACUAUGCCACCGAUUAAAUUGUUGAACACAUUAACUGUCCUUCAAAGUCAAAUUGAUGGUCUACUUGAAUUCGAUUGUCCAGCCGAUCAACUAACCAAUGAAGUUUUACAUUCGACGUUUAUGCUUCUAUUUAAAGACCUGAUCAGACUUUUCGCUUGUUACAAUGAUGGUAUUAUUAUUCUAUUGGAAAAAUUUUUCGACAUGAAUCAAAAACGAUUUCGAGAUGUUCUUGAAAUUUACACCAAAUUUCUCAUCUGCAUGGAUCGAUCUGCACAAUUCAUGAGAGUCGCUGAAUGUAUUGGUAUCGAUAAAUCAGAAAUUCCAAAUUUAAGUAAAACACCUUCAUCUCUAUUGGAAACACUUGAACAACAUUUACAAGCGAUUGAAGAUAUUGAAAAAGGCAAAAGUAAAGAUGCUCAACCCUCUUCGGACGGAAUCAGUACCAAUAGUAGCACUAUUUCAGCUCCUUCAAAUGCUGAACUUCCCACCGAUGAGCUUAAAGAAGCUCUUGAAGAAGAGAUUCAAAUGCUUAAUCAAUUAAAAAUUAGUCAAAAGCAACAAUCAAAUCAAGAUGAUUUAGGUGACGAGACUAAAAUACUUGAUCAGGUAACAUUACUUAAUAAGGACACCGGUGAGUGCCGAUCAUUAAGUCAGGCUGAUGAUAUUUUACCAAAGUGCAUCAACCCCUUGAAUCCUCAUCUAUCUAAACUUGCUAAUGAUUAUCAGAGCGAUGAAGAUGAAUCACAGCCUCAGGCAAGUGAAGAACCGACAACAUUAGAGGAAGGUGAUGAACCUGGAACAACUUUAAAAACAAGUGCAUUUAAAAUAGGUGUCAAAAAAUUAGGCAAAUUUGGCCAUGGAUUCAUUAAGGGUGUUAAAAAUGUGAGAGGAGGAGCAUUGGGAGCUAGUGAAGGUACUCUAGCAGUGGCCAGUGGGACAACAAGUAGUGAUACUAAAUUUUAUAGAGAUUCUGUCACCAUUGAUCCAAGAAUAUUGAAUCUUGAUCCACAUGAUCUAUUGUUCCCAUCGUUUAAAUUAAAAACUAAUCGUAAAAAAGAUGCUGCCGAUUUUGAAGGUUUAAGGUUAAUCCAAGAGUUGAACGAUUGUCGUGGAGCAGUUUGGUGUAUGAAAUGGAGCUCAUGUGGUCAACUAUUAGCGGUUGCUGGUCAAGAUCAACUAUUACGAGUUUACUGUAGCCAUAAAUCAUGGAAACAUUUUACUCAAGCUCGUAGUAAAGCCUCAAGUCAACAAAUUUCACCCAAUUCAACCAAAGAAAAAUCUGUAAACAAUUCACGGAACAAUAGUAUCUCCAGUUCAGAAAAUGUUCAUAGUCUAAGUGAUUCCAGAUCGAGAAAUAAUUUACAACAAGAAGACAACAACAGUUUAGCCGAAGAAGAUCCGUUACUUUUAUUUAGCGUUUAUCGAGGUCAUACCGCUGAUGUUUUGGACAUUUCAUGGUCAAAGAAUAAUUUCCUUCUCUCUUCGUCCAUGGACAAAACGGUGAAACUUUGGCAUAUCACAAGAGUCGAGUGUCUGUGUACCUUUUGUCAUAAAGAUUUUGUUUCCACGAUCAAUUUUCAUCCUCGCGAUGAUCGAUACUUUCUCAGUGGUUCACUUGAUGGUGUCCUUCGUCUUUGGAAUAUUCCCGAUAAAAGAUUGACCCUUUUCAACGAGGUAAUGGCUCCAAGUGCGGCCAGUCAAAAGUCAUCCAAUAAAUCAAAUCAAGAGAUGACACCAUCACAUGGACUGAUUACUGCUUCGGCUUUCGUUGAGAAUGGAAAGUUUGCCGUGAUUGGUACUUAUGAUGGUCGAGUUAUCUUUUACUCAACCGAUCAACUCAAAUAUUCAACUCAGAUCCAUGUCAGUGGAGGUAAAAACGUUUCCAGUGUUACCGAUACCGAAAGGAAAAAGAAACGAAAUAGUAAUAAAGUGACCGGAAUUGAAGGUGUCGCUGAGAGAAAAAUUUUAGUUACCACCAAUGAUUCACGGAUUCGUUUAUACGAUUUAAGAGAUUUAACUCUUGAAUGUAAAUAUAAGGGUUGCGUUAAUUAUUCGAGUCAAAUUCGAGCUUCCGUUUCACCCGAUAAUAAGUAUAUCGUUUGUGGUAGUGAGAAUUCAUCUUUCUAUGUUUGGAGAACUCGAGAAGAGACAACAACUGGACAAAGGAGAGAUCGAAAUGCUCAAUGGGAAUGUGUCCGUUUAUUACCUCCCAGUCCACAAGCUCAACAAUCUGGAUUGAAUUCUAAUAACGUUGGACCAGGCCAAGCUUCAAAAAAUCAACCGGCCAUUGUUACCUCAGCGACUUUUGCUCCAAUCCCAUCUUACCUUGAUGAUAAAGCUAAAUACAUUAUCGCAGUGGCUGAUUUUAGUGGAAGCAUCAAAGUUUUUGCCCGAUAAACAAGGAAAAUUAAUGAAUAAUCAACAACAAUCAAGACGGAAACAUUUCAAAUUGUUCACCAACUCGGACAUUUAACUGAUUACGAAAAAAAAGGCAAAGGAAGUGAAAAUUAGACCAUCAAGACCGAUAAUCAAUCAAGAUUGUUCACAAUGAAUUAAUGAUUUAAUUCAUCAUCUCUCUCUCUCUCUCUCUCUCUCUACUUUCACCUUCAACUUUAUCUCGUCAAUAUUAAGCAAAUGAUAGAUUAUCAAUAUUUUUAUCAGCAUAAUUAAUCCUGGAUCAUCAUAACAAUUUACCACCGUCAUUAUUAUCAAUCAGAUAAAACCUUUGUGUUUGCUUUUUGAUUAUCAUUGUGACAUUGACACAUCAGGAGAGAAAGACAGAGAUGAAGAUUGGAAAAUAAUUAACGCAAAAACGGAAAAGGAAAAGAUAAAAACACUGAAGCACAAUCGACUUUUCCAAACUGACCAAUACUUUUUUUAGUUCAACCAUAGACAAGAUUCACUCUCAUAGACGAGACAUUGAAAUCCCUUUGAAUUGAGUCGCGAUUCCCAUCUAAAAGUGUCAAUUAACCUUUUGUUUCGGUCACAAUUAACUCAUCAUCACCACCGCUCACAACCCACCGUCACCUCCAUCAUCAUAAACUCUUCCUCCUUCAUCAAUAUGUUUCCCUCCAACAAUUUUUGCUCACCUUGUAGCUGUGGUCUGGUCAAAAGAGUAAAUUAUAUUCCAAUUGUUUUUUACAUCACCGAGAGAAGAAAAAAACUAACAAAUCAACCAACAAUUUAAAUUGAAUACUAAAUCACUUGUAUUUAUAUAUAUAUUUGUAGAUUAUAUUACAACCACCCCACUUAAUCCCAACUCCGAACCACUCAACAAGCCUGUCUCCUUGACCUCACCACCAAAGAUGAUAAUCAUUUGAAUAUAAAUAAAAUAUAAAUAAUAUUUCAUUUAUUAA